GGGUCUUUUUUGCUCAUGUCACUACAUAAAACUAUCAGAUGGUUAGAGGAAGACCAUGCAGGCAUCCACUUAGCUCGUCUCAUCAAGGACGCCAAAUGAAGUCUAAUCAACUUUUCUAGCAGGACAAGCUGACUUACUUUGCAAGAAAGACUUAGAGCAGCCGUCACUUCAUAAAUGUUCACCGUCCACCCGCCUGCACACUGCAAAGGCGCGCAACCUGGCUGUAUUACGCACAACGCAACUCCAGCUUCGCCUGCAUCAAAACUUUCCUCCGCGAUUGUUUUCAUGAAGAGCUGGACGUUUUCACCAAGGAGUUAAGGGAGAGUACUUCAGAUUGCUUUUUUUUCUGAAAAAUAUCAAGGAUGCCUCGUCCGGGGAGAAACACGUACAGCGACCAGAAGCCGCCUUACUCCUACAUCUCUCUCACUGCCAUGGCGAUCCAGAGCUGCCCAGAGAAGAUGCUGCCCCUCAGUGAAAUUUACAAGUUCAUCAUGGAUAGAUUCCCUUAUUACAGAGAAAACACUCAGCGCUGGCAGAACUCUCUGCGGCACAACCUGUCCUUCAACGACUGUUUUAUCAAAAUCCCCCGGCGCCCAGAUCAACCAGGUAAGGGCAGUUUCUGGGCACUACACCCCAACUGCGGGGACAUGUUUGAGAAUGGAAGUUUCUUGAGACGCCGCAAAAGGUUCAAAGUGUUGCCCGCAUCUGAUCAUCUGGGCCCCAGUAAGCAAUCGGAAGCUGCCCAUUACCUCCAACAGCAAGCCAAACUGAGACUGAGCGCCCUGGCAGCGACUGGUACACACCUUCCCCAGAUGUCAACUUAUAACCUCGGUGUGUCUCAGACAUCAACUUUUAAACACCCGUUUGCCAUCGAGAACAUCAUCGCCAGAGAGUACAAGGUUCCGGGAAGUCUGGCGUUCUCCACCAUGCAGUCCAUGUCUGCCGGGUACCCUCUCCACAACCAGCUGACCACAGCCUGGCCCCACAUGUACAACACCAGUGUGAUUGACACGGCGGCCCCAAUCUCCAUGGCAAGCAGCGACUACAGUGCCUAUGGCGUGCCCAUCAAGUCACUGUGUCACGGGGGACAGUCAUUACCGGCUAUUCCUGUGCCAAUCAAGCCCACCCCGACCUCCAUGCCCGGUUUCUCUGCGCUACCUCCCCACAUCCCCGCGUUUCUAUCAAACUCUCCACAGUCUCUGAGCCCGACGUCCCCACAGACAGCGACGAGCCAAAGCAGCCCUGCAACCCCGAGCGAGACUCUGACCAGCCCGUCCACACUGCAGUCUGUGGCUGUGCACUGACCGGCUGAACUUUUUCCAGUAGACGAACUGCUGUCUGGCUGCCAGGCCCCUUUACCAAACCCAAAGUUUAUAUUUUCUGUCGUCGGAAACUAUCAAGUCUCUCUGCAGUUGCGUAUCGAUGUAUCUGUGUAUAUGUGUUGAAUGUGUCGCUUUAAAUUGUGUCCUAGAAGUCCAGCACAGAAUCGCACAGCGAAGUAUUGCUCUUGAAAAUAUAAAUUAUUUGAGAGUUCUAUUUUUCAGUUUAUUGUGAAAUGUGAGUGGGGGAGGUUUGUUUGAGGCACCAUCGAUUCUCGUUUAAGUGUUUUGCAGCUCCCGUGGCAGUUUUUCAGUUGAAUCAAAUAGCAAAACCUUUGCGCCGUUUCUGUGUGACCAUAAUGUCAAUGAAAUUGCGAGCCAAUUGUGUUUUUAUUUGCUUUUAAUAUCGGAAUGAUGAAUAAGGGCAUACCAAAUAGGAAUAGGAUUUAGACUUGUUCUUGCAUCCCUGAAAAAAGCAAACGCAGUUAUGAAAUCUUUUCAAAAUCCAAUAGUAUUGUGAGACGUCCUCAAAAUGCAAGAUGUGAAUAUUGCAAGUAACUGAAAUGUUGUAAAAUGCACUUUUUAGUUUUAUGUUUUUAGAUAUCUAUUUUCCAGAAAACGUUCUGUGAAGCAUUUAAUUUAAAAGGCUGUGGUGACCAAGUGUAUCAGAUACUGUCAAUUUGUACUUUUGUUUUUUUUUUAGGUAAAGCAUGCAUUCUAAACAUUUGUGUUGCUACUGUUGUUGUUAUUGUUGUUUUGUUUUUGUUUAUUUUUGUGCAAGCAUGCGUGCUUUCGAAAAGUGUGCAAACAGUCUGAACUGGAAAAAAAGUCAUCAAAAUAUUUUCUCAUUAAAAGUGAAGUAAACAAUCAAAAAUGUUUCUGAAGGUUUA